AUGGUUUUGAAGAUAAUUUUAUCUGUUAUGUUAUUUGGCUUAAUAUCUGCUGAUGUAUCACAUUUAACUCGAGGAUCACAUUAUGGUGAUACAAAACAUUUAUUUAGUCAUACUGGUCAUUCUGCCCAUCCAAUGACAGGUGAUGCAUAUGCUAGAAUAUUGAGAAAUGAUUAUGUUAAUGAUGGUCAUGGAACAUAUAAUUUUGCAUAUGAAACUGAUAAUGGUAUAAGACAUAAUGAAGAUGGUGCACCAGAUAAUUCAAAACGUGGUGAAUAUUCAUUUACUGGUGAUGAUGGAAAAACAUAUACAGUUAUGUAUUGGGCUGAUGAAAAUGGUUUUCAUGCUGUUGGUGAUCAUUUACCUGGUUCACAAAAUUCUGGAGGACUUAAAGCUGGUCCAAGAGUAUCAAAAAUUCCACAACCACCAAAACCAUCAUUUAGUCAUGCUAGUAGCCCAGCUGGUGGUAAUUAUAAUUAUCCAAAACCAAGUAGCGGUUAUAAUUAUGCAGCACCAAAAACAGCAUAUUUACCACCAAAACCAGCAGCACCAAAAACAAAUUAUUUACCACCGAAACCAGCAGCACCAAAAACAAAUUAUUUACCACCAAAACCAUCAACAGAUUAUUUACCACCAAGACAUUAA